AUGUAUACAAGACCUGAAAAUAUUCCAGUCGGUAUCGUGUGGAGCAGGUUCCAGGGAAAAGAUAAGGACGGUGUUCCUGGAUUAAUGUACCAAAUUCGUGAUAUGAAUGAGGGUGACAAGGAAACCUGCCUCGACCUGCUGUGCGAAUCGUUCAUACGGGACGAGCCCUUAAAUCGACUUUUAGGCUUAGCCAACGAUUACGAAUCGACAAACAACGCCAGAGAGUACUGGUCGAAGUACAUCGAUCAGAAAAUGUCUAUAGCUUGUUAUACUGAAGUCGAUGGAAAACCAAAGUACUUGGUUGGCUUUAAUCUUCUCGUGGUUGUGUGUAAAAACGACAAGGAUUUAUUGCCACUGGUGCUGAAACCACAAGGAGAAACGUUGAAAAAUAUUAUAAGGACGUUGACAGUCAUCGAGACAUUAGUGAACGUUUACGAAUAUUUCAGCACAGAUACUUUUUUGACUUCCUGUGCUCUGGUCGUGCUUCCGGCGCACAGGGGGAACAAUAUUGGUGCGAAACUUUUAGAAGCUCGAGAGAAGAUUUGCGAAACAUUCGGGAUCAAAGCUACAUGUUCAACGUUCACAGCGACGUCCUCACAAAUUGCAGCCGCCCGAGCUGGCUUUGAAGUGCUAGCCACAAUGGAGUACUCCAUAAUGUUGAACUAUGGCAUCGACCUACGAAAUUGUGAGAGUCCUUGUGCCAAAGUUAUGGGGAAGAAAUAUGAAUAA